UCAUCGGAGAGAUGGUGGUGGUGCUCCUCGACAGAGAGGUGGGCUCAGACAAAGAAAGAGGUGGUGGUGCUCCUCGACAGAGAGGUGGUCUUCAGAGAAAUGUAGGCAGAAGACAACGCACCAUCAUCUCUAAUGAAGUCCGGGCCAUCAUUGUUGACCAUGUGGUUAACAGAGGCUUUACCAUGGCUGAGGCUGCCAGGUUGGUACAGCCUAAUUUACAAAGGUCAACUGUCAGCUCUAUCAUCCAAACUUUUUGCCAAGAAAACCGAAUUAACAGGAGACAACCUGGUGGUGGUCGCCCACGUGUUUUGACUGACCAGCAGGAGUUGGCUGUGGUGGAAAUGGUCAGGGCAAGGAAUGACAUACGGCUGUCUGAAAUCAAACAGGCUAUUGAGAACAGCAAUGACACCUUUGCCAAUGUGCCAUCAAUUAGCCUUCCAACAAUUGCCCGGCUUUUGAAGAAGCACCAGGUUUCCAUGAAACAAAUUUACUUGGUUCCUUUUGAGAGGAACAAUGUCCAGGUGAAACAACUGCGUUCAGAAUAUAUUCAGAGGGUGAUGGAGCUGGACGCUGCUGUGAAUCAUCACAAGUAUAUUUUCGUUGAUGAGGCCGGUUUCAAUCUGGCAAAAACUAGACGCAGAGGACGUAACCUUAUUGGACAAAGGGCUACCAUCCAAGUCCCUGGACAACGUGGGGGAAACAUCUCAAUGUGUGCAGCUAUAUCUGAAGAUGGUGUGGUAGGCUGUAGACCAGUUCUAGGGUCAUACAACACUGAACACCUGAUAGUUAGGUUUUGUUUUUUUGUUUUUUUAAAUGAACUGGAGCAGGCCUGUCAGGGAGAAGACAUCAUCUAUGUUGUUGUGUGGGACAAUGUCAGCUUCCACCAUGCACAGUUGGUUCAGGAAUGGUUUCAAACACAUCCUCGCUUCAUGACCCUCUAUCUUCCACCAUAUUCCCCUUUCCUCAACCCAAUUGAGGAAUUCUUCUCUACAUGGAGGUGGAAGGUGUAUGAUCGCCAUCCCCAUGAGCAUGUCUCCCUUCUUCAAGCCAUGUGUGAAGCUUGUGGUGAUAUAACUGCUGAGCAAUGUCAAGCCUGGAUUCGUCAUGCCAGGAGAUUUUUCCCACGGUGCCUGAACAACGAAGACAUCCACUGUGAUGUUGAUGAAAAUUUAUGGCCCAAUGUUAAUGACCGGCUUGAUUAAUUGUGUAAAAGUGAUAAGAAUAAAAUAACAUAAAAAUAUAUUUUGCUUAUGUAAAUGACUUGUU